UUCCCGCGUCCCCCCCGCACCCGCAUCCCGCAUCCCUCCCGCCGCCAUGGCCGCCAGCCCGGCCUACGGCGAGGAGAAGGGCGGCUCCUCCAGCCUGGGCGAGCCCGAGUACGGCCACGACCCCGCCAGCGGCGGCAUCUUCUCCUCCGACUACAAGAGGCAUGAUGACCUCAAGGAGAUGCUCGACAGCAACAAGGAUUCACUCAAGCUGGAAGCCAUGAAGAGGAUUGUGGCGAUGAUUGCCCGUGGUAAAAACGCCUCCGAUCUCUUCCCAGCUGUGGUGAAAAACGUUGCCUGCAAGAACAUUGAGGUGAAGAAGCUGGUGUAUGUGUACCUGGUGCGCUAUGCAGAGGAACAGCAGGAUCUGGCCCUGCUCUCCAUCUCCACCUUCCAGCGAGGACUCAAGGACCCCAACCAGCUGAUCCGUGCCAGUGCCCUGCGGGUCCUGUCCAGCAUCCGCGUGCCCAUAAUCGUGCCCAUCAUGAUGUUGGCCAUCAAGGAGGCCGCCUCAGACAUGUCCCCAUACGUGCGCAAGACAGCCGCCCACGCCAUCCCCAAGCUGUACAGCCUCGACUCAGACCAGAAGGACCAGCUCAUCGAAGUGAUCGAGAAGCUGCUGGCUGACAAGACCACGCUGGUGGCUGGCAGCGUGGUGAUGGCAUUUGAGGAAGUAUGCCCAGAGCGCAUAGAUCUCAUCCACAAGAACUACCGCAAGCUCUGCAACCUGCUCAUCGAUGUGGAGGAGUGGGGGCAGGUGGUCAUCAUCAACAUGCUGACCCGCUACGCCCGCACCCAGUUCCUCAGCCCCAACCAAAAUGAGUCCUUGCUGGAGGAGAACACUGAGAAGGCUUUCUAUGGCUCUGAGGAGGAGGACACCAAGGAUGCCAAGGCAGAGGCAGCCUUGUUGGCCAGGUGCAAGCCCUACGUCAUGGACCCCGACCACCGCCUGCUCCUGCGCAACACCAAGCCCCUGCUGCAGAGCCGCAAUGCCGCAGUGGUGAUGGCCGUGGCACAGCUCUACUUCCACCUGGCACCCAAGGCAGAGGUUGGAGUCAUUGCGAAGGCACUGGUACGGCUUCUGCGGAGUCACAGUGAGGUGCAGUAUGUUGUGCUGCAGAAUGUGGCCACCAUGUCCAUCAAGCGGCGGGGGAUGUUUGAGCCCUAUCUGAAAAGUUUCUACAUCCGCUCCACGGACCCCACACAGAUCAAGAUCCUCAAGCUGGAGGUCCUCACCAACCUGGCCAACGAGACCAACAUCUCCACCAUCCUGCGAGAGUUCCAGACCUACAUCCGCAGCAUGGAUAAGGACUUUGUGGCAGCCACCAUCCAAGCCAUUGGGCGCUGUGCCACCAACAUCGGGAAGGUGCGGGACACCUGUCUCAAUGGCCUGGUCCAGCUCCUCUCCAACAGGGAUGGUGAGUACACACGGCAGGGGUUGGUGGUCAUCAAAAAGCUGCUGCAGAUGCAGCCAGCCCAGCACAGCGAGAUCAUCAAACACAUGGCCAAGCUCACUGACAACAUCCAGGUGCCAAUGGCACGGGCCAGCAUCUUGUGGCUCAUCGGCGAAUACUGCGAGCACGUGCCCAAGAUCGCGCCUGAUGUGCUGCGCAAGAUGGCCAAGUCCUUCACCAACGAGGAGGACAUCGUCAAGCUGCAGGUCAUCAAUCUGGCAGCUAAGCUCUACCUGACCAACUCCAAGCAGAGCAAGCUGCUGACCCAGUACGUCCUCAACUUGGCCAAGUAUGACCAGAAUUACGACAUCCGCGACCGGGCUCGCUUCAUCCGCCAGCUCAUCGUGCCCACUGAGAAGAGUGGGGCCCUCAAUAAGUAUGCCAAGAAGCUCUUCCUGGCCCAAAAACCGGCUCCGAUCUUGGAGUCUUCCUUCAAAGAUCGGGACCAUUUCCAGCUGGGCUCCCUGUCCCAUCUGCUCAACGCUAAGGCUGUGGGCUACCAGGAGCUGCCUGACUGGCCGGACGAGGCCCCUGACCCCUCCGUGAGGAAUGUGGAGGUUCCUGAGUGGACCAAGUGCACCAGCCGGGAGAAGAGGAAGGAGAAGGUGGAGAAGCCUUUCUACUCUGACUCAGAGGGCGAAUCGGGGCCUACUGAGUCGGCAGACAGUGAGCCUGAGUCUGGCAGUGAAGAGAAUGGCAGCAGCAGCAGCUCUGGCAGCUCCAGCUCUGGCACCGAGGAGGAGGAGGAAGAGGAGGAGGAAGACAGCGGGGAGCAGUCAGAGGACAAGGAGGAGGAGGAGGAGGUGGAGAAGAGGCCAAAGAGGAAGGACAAGGAAGGCUCCCAUAAGGCAGUCUUGAGGACCACCGGCAGCCCCAGCGAGGAAGAGGAGGAAGGAGGGGCAAAGAAGGCCAAGAAGAAGGCUCCUCAGGGGAGGAAGGGCCGUGCCGAAACCUCAUCAGAGGAGGCCAGCACCUCUGAGAGCAGCUCCUCUGGCUCCGACUCGGGCUCAGAGGCAGAGGCCAAACAGAGGAAGCCCCUCAGCAGCAAGGCCAGCCCUAAGGAGAUCUCCCUGCUUGACCUGGAUGAUUUUACUCCCCCUCCUCUCCAGCCCAUUCCCUCCAGCAGCAUCAUCUCCACCAGCCUGGUGACCGACCUGGAGGGCCUCACUCUCACUGACACCUCCCUGACACCCACUCUGCUGAGCCCGGCGUUCAGUGCAGUGAAGACCUAUGAGCUGCUGCACCGCAUGGCAGGCGAGGGGCUUGCGGUUGAGUACUGCUUCAGCCGCCGGCCCUUCCCGGGCGACCCCCACAUGGUGGCCGUGCAGAUCCAGAUCUCCAACAAUACCGACACCGAGGUGAAGAACCUGCGAGUCAAUGAACCCAAGCCACUGUCUGGCAUGCGGAUACAGGAGUUCCCUGAGAUUGAGCACCUGGCGCCAGGGGACACAGCCAGUGUGGUGAUGGGCAUCGACUUCUGUGACUCUACGCAGGCAGCAAACUUCCAGCUGUGCACCCACACACGCCAGUUCUACGUCUCCAUCCAGCCACCUGUGGGGGAGCUCAUGGCCCCUGUCUUCAUGAGUGAGAAUGAGUUCAAGAAGGAGCAGGGGAAGCUGAUGGGCAUGAGUGAGAUCACAGAGAAGUUGACGCUGCCUGAGAAAUGCCAAAGUGACCAUACCAUCGUCCAGCAACUGACCUCGGCUGCCAACGUGGGCCGCGUGCCCUGCGGUGCCAGCAAUGAGUACAGGUUCGCGGCCAAGACGGUGACAAGCGGGAGCCUGGUGCUCAUCACCCUGGAGCGGCGGGAGGGCUCCACGGCUCAGCUGACCAUCAACAGUGAGAAGAUGGUCAUUGGCACCAUGCUGGUGAAGGACAUCAUCCAGGCCCUGGCACAAUGACAGCCGGGCAUUGCCGCACUCAUGGC